AUGGCCACCCUUGCCCCAUACAACUCUCGCCCUUACCCUCUUCCGGGAGAUGCUCCCUCUCGAGGUCCUGAGUAUAUUACAUACCCAAAAUUCGAAUCCGAAUUACAUGAUUCGUCCUUGGAUCACGAUUCAACCCCACUCACUGGUCGUGGUAUCCGUCGCUCUGGUUCUCCAACUCCUUCGGAAAAAGAGGAGCUCAAGCAAUAUGACGGUUUUUUGAAGAAGGCUUUUCGUAAGGAGAGUUACAAAGACAAACGUUUUGUAGUCACUGUCGUGGUCGUUAUCAUAUUGAUAAUCAUUACUAUUCUUUUGAGUAUUUUUCAUAAACAAAUCGUCAAAGCACUCCUUCCCGCCGCGAGGUGGGUCAAAAAGACCCCGGCUGGUUGGCUAAUCCCAAUCGCGCUUCUCGUUGUCUUAUCUAUCCCACCACUUUUUGGCGCUGAAAUCGUUCACCUGUUAUGUGGGAUGUUUUAUGGGCUUGGAGUUGGAUUCCUACUAGUGUGCGUCGGCACUAUUCUUGGGGAAAUGCUUACGUUCUUUAUGUUCCGUUAUUGUCUGCGUUCGCGCGCGGAUAAGCUUGAGCGUGGCAAAGGCUCGCCUCAAUGGGCUGCCCUUGCACGCGUGAUCCGUGAGGGUGGUUUCUGGGUUGCCCUUGUAAUCCGGUAUAGUGCUAUCCCAACUCAUGUUGGCACCGCACUAUUUGCUGCAUGCGGUAUGAACUUUUGGGUUUUCCUGCUUACCUUGGUUUUGUCACUCCCACGCCAGCUUGCUGGAGUCUAUAUCGGAGUUCUGGCGGGAGAAGAGGCUGAAGGCCACCCUUCGAAGAUUGACAAAACGAUAUCGACAGUGAUUUUAGUUGUUACCAUCGUCGUAACUAUUGUUGCCAUGAGGUGGAUAGCAGGACGUAUGAAAGCCGCUGCCCUCUCUAUUAUCCGGGAACAUCGUGCUCGAGAGGCCACCCAAGUUGAGGUCAAAUCGUUCAAUGCUGGAGGAUUAUACGAUCCUGCGAACGCGACAUCAGGCACCUGGACUGGUACUGCUAACUCGCAUGUCUAUUUUGGAACACGCACACCCAGUCCGGCUCCACCAAACGCCCCUGGUAGUGUUUCGAUGCCGACUGUUCCGGGCCCCGCACAGGUCCAUGUUCAAACAGUCUAG